UCAGCUCCGCCUAGCCGGAACUAUCAGAAGCGCCGGGCAUUGUAGGGGCUGUGUUGUUGCUUAGGAGGCUCGACGGGAUUGGACUUGCGGCAUUUUCGCACUCGCUAACCGGUCAAAAUGCAAAUCUUCGUGAAGACCCUGACCGGCAAGACCAUCACACUGGAGGUGGAGCCCAGUGAUACCAUUGAGAAUGUGAAGGCCAAGAUCCAAGAUAAGGAAGGCAUCCCCCCUGACCAGCAGAGGCUCAUCUUUGCUGGCAAGCAGCUGGAAGAUGGCCGCACUCUUUCUGAUUACAACAUCCAGAAAGAGUCCACCCUGCACCUGGUCCUGCGUCUGAGGGGUGGUAUGCAGAUCUUCGUGAAGACCCUGACCGGCAAGACCAUCACCCUGGAGGUGGAGCCCAGUGAUACCAUUGAGAAUGUGAAGGCCAAGAUCCAAGAUAAGGAAGGUAUCCCCCCUGACCAGCAGAGGCUCAUCUUUGCUGGCAAGCAGCUGGAAGAUGGCCGCACUCUUUCUGAUUACAACAUCCAGAAAGAGUCCACCCUGCACCUGGUCCUGCGUCUGAGGGGUGGUAUGCAGAUCUUCGUGAAGACCCUGACCGGCAAGACCAUCACCCUGGAGGUGGAGCCCAGUGAUACCAUUGAGAAUGUGAAGGCCAAGAUCCAGGAUAAGGAAGGUAUCCCCCCUGACCAGCAGAGGCUCAUCUUUGCUGGCAAGCAGCUGGAAGAUGGCCGCACUCUUUCUGAUUACAACAUCCAGAAAGAAUCCACCCUGCACCUGGUCCUGCGUCUGAGGGGUGGUAUGCAGAUCUUCGUGAAGACCCUGACCGGCAAGACCAUCACGCUGGAGGUGGAGCCCAGUGAUACCAUUGAGAAUGUGAAGGCCAAGAUCCAAGAUAAGGAAGGCAUCCCUCCUGACCAGCAGAGGCUCAUCUUUGCUGGCAAGCAGCUGGAAGAUGGCCGCACUCUUUCUGAUUACAACAUCCAGAAAGAGUCCACCCUGCACCUGGUCCUCCGUCUGAGGGGUGGCUAUUAAUUCUUCAGUUUUGCAUUCAUAGUGCCCAAUGAUGGCACUACUCUGCAUUCUAGCCAUUUGCCCCAAUUUAAGUUUAGAAAUUACCAGUUCAGUAAUAACUGAAUCUGUUCAAAAUGUUAAUAAAAGUUUUGUUGCAUGGUAGCAUA